GAUCGUGGCUUAGGGGAAACGGUGGGUGGGUUUGCCUGAACCAAAAGAAACAAAAAAAUCAAAAUACACCUGUCCUUUACUUGUGUUGGCCGGCUACUUCGGGAUUCGCUUUCACUCAACCGUUACUCGCCAUCCUCCUAUCCCUUGUCGGCUUUCUCCUCCCCACUUUUCCUUUCCUCCUCGCUUCUUAUCCCCUCGUCAUCGCCCUCCCGGAAACGUGCGCGAGAAUCAGAACAGUAUGGCCGCCGUUACCCGAUCAGCUCGCAGCCUGAUCUCACACUCAGGAUUGCACCAGUCCCUCAAAGGAUCCCUUUCCGUCGCCAUCUCACACCAGGUCCGUCUCGCCUCCACAGAAGCAGCCAAGAAGGGUUCCAGCAGCAUCAGCAAGAGUAAAGGGAACGAUAACGCCGUCAUCCUUGGACCUCAACAGGAAUACAUCACAGGCGUUAGCAGGCUGCGUGAGCACUAUCGUGGAACCGUCCAGGACGAUCUUAUGGUCUUGACUUACAACCACUCCUUUAAGCCCAAGGCCAAGAUCCCUGAGGGUGUUCGUGUGGAAUUGAAGGGCAACAAGCACAUCAAGCCAGCACCGAAUGCGCCUUCCCCACGCCAUAUCCCGGAGCUGGUGAAGAUUGAUGUGCACUGUAUGAUGAAGGAGGCCUUGGUCAGCAAGUUCAACCUGUUGAGCGGGUUCAUGGCUAUUCAGUCGAUCACAGGAGAAAUGCCCGAGAUCAUCCAUUCCAAGAAGGGUGUCCACCCAUGGAAGCUGCGUGCCGGCAAUCCGAUCGGGUGCAAGGUCACCUUGAAGGGCGACAAGAUGUACCAAUUCCUUGACAAGCUUGUCGAAGUUGUGCUCCCAAGGAUGAAGGAAUGGCCCGGCCUGCCCGAAUCUGCCGGCGACGCGACAGGAAACAUCGGUAUGGGUUUCCCUCCCUCGGCCAUGUCAUUAUUCCCAGAGAUCGAAAGCAACUUUGACAUGUUCCCAAGGAUGACAGGAUUCGAUGUGACCUUCACGACCACCGCCAAGACCAACCUCGACGCAAGACUCUUGCUCAGUGGAUUCAACAUGCCCUUCCAACAAAAGAUUCGUUCGCCACCAGUAGCCAAGACCGGCACAUCAGCAGCAGCAGCAUCACCAUCAUCAAUAGACGCGGGAUCUUCGGCGUGAGCAAAAGACGUAAGGGGAGGGUUUGAAUUCUUAGAACGCAUCAUGGGCUUUUUUUUUAAACACAAAUAAAAUAAAACCAUGC